UGAACUGACUGUGUAGUGCUCAGCGGGUAAUGACUGAGAGGAGUGCCUUUGAUUUGGUAUUUCAUCACCUCGCGCCUCUGCAGGCUCAUCUCUCUCACCAAGAUGUCUUGCUACGACCUGUGCCCACCAAAAACCAGCGUUGCCGUGCCCCAGCCCAUCGCUGAGAGCUGCAACGAGCUGUGCGCGCGCCAGUGCCCCGACUCAACGGCCUUCAUCCAGCCACCGCCCGUUGUCGUCACCUUCCCCGGCCCCAUCCUCAGCUCCUUCCCCCAGCAAGCCGUGGUGGGCUCCUCCGGAGCACCCGCCUUUGGGGGCUCCCUGGGGCUGGGGGGCCUCUACGGUGCCGGGGCCACUCAGGGCUCGGGGGGCCUCUGCACCUUUGGCAGACCCUACGCUUCUCCUGCCUGCAGCCCCUGCCCCUUGCCCCGCUACAGCAGGAAGUUCUGGGACACCUGUGGGCCCUGCUAAACCCAGCCGCAAGACUCCUCUCCUCUUCCUUCCUCAUUCUCUGUGCUGAUCUGUGAUGCCCACUUUGUCUUUUAUGGCCCUGAACUGGGCCCUGUGCUGGCCACUGCCUUGAAGAUGCCUCAAGAAACACUGCUCCUGAAGGCCCAGGCACCUCCUUCCUGCCUUGGACUGCAGUACGUCUUUAUCUUGUGUCCUUUCCUGUCUUUACAAUAAAAUUAAUAUGCAUCCAAUGUUUGAAUCUUGGGCUUUUCUUCCUGGGCACAAUGGCUGCCCCAGGGCUCCCUUCUCCCACGCACAGGCCCCACACCUGGCCCCAAACUGGCUCUCAGCCCCCAGCUUAGCCAGUCAGUGUUUCCAUGGGUCAAAGACCCUGGCCAUGCCACCUCUGACCCACGCUGCGCUGCUGCUCAUCUCAAUUAGCCCUGUCUGAAUGUAGGAUUCUCCCUGACCAGCAGGAAAUGUCCCAGCAUGCAAUCUGAGACCUGCUAUCCGCCCUCCUGGGUGGGUCUUUGCCAACUCCCUUGGCCUCAGCAAUAUCCCCUCCAUGCCCAAUCUGAAGGCGCAGAUUAAGUUGUGAGGAAACUUCUUGAAAAUCAUCCUCUCCAAGUGCGCGUUCAAGCUGUGCUGCCAACAGCCACUACAGACAAUUAUUGGGUAUCAUGAAUUAGAAGGGAACCCAUCCCGAAGAUAAAGGCUCCAACACCUGACACUACUGAUUGAAACUUUCUUCCUGGACAUUGACCACACUACUUCCCUGGAGAGCAUCUGUGCUUGUCCAUCCUCUCAUUGCAGAGAUUUUUCUUAAGAACACAGUUAGUUAAACUUCCCCUCAUUAAGCAUUAAGCCAUUCCCUUACAUCUCACCUCCUUGCAUAGCAAAACACUGAUCUGAAUUUCUAACAAAUUACAGAGGACACAGUCAAAAAUGCUUCUAGUAAAGAGCAGAUAUUUCUUGUUAUCUCCUCUUCUAACUUCGUCUUAAAGCUUCUGUCAUCUGGAUCUUCUGCUCUUCAGGCCACGUUCCUCCUCAACUGCAUUCAGUGCAGUAAUCAUAGCCCUGAUCCAGACUUUCCCUCAAAGAUCACAAGUGACUCACUCAGUCCUCAGAGGAAAAAGAUGACCCAGAGAAAUCCUUCACCGCAGAGGGAUCAGAGCUUCAGACGCUCCACCUGGCUUCUGCUGAGUUUUAGAGCUAGUGAUUCGCCCCAUUCUAGAACAAGUAGUUACCAACUAUGCCACAGACACAGUCCCCCCACUUCGAUGCUACUUAUGAAUUUAAUCUGUAGGCCCCCAGCUGACUUGUGAAUGGAUGUCAGCAUUGCCUAACACCAGAAUGAUCUAGACAUCUGACCCAUUCUCAGCCUUCUUCCAGAUUAUGGCUGAUGCCAUCCACUUUCCCAGUGAUCACAGCCUCAAGGCAUAUGGCUGUGU